GUCUUUCGUGUUGUUGUGCAGUUGUUUACCAUUUUGACAUUCCAUAGCAGAAAAUGGCAGAUGAAGCGCUUUCUCGAGCUGGACUUCACUUCGACGAGUUAAAUAAGAUUCGAGUUCUUGAGCCAGAAGUACAACAACAGACGGCUGAACUUAAAGAAGAAUGUAAAGAAUUUGUUGACAAAAUUGGCGACUUUCAGAAAAUAGUGGGAACAUUUAUUGAUGUUGUGGACAAUGUUUCCAAAGAAGUUGAAAAAGAAAAAAUGAAGGCCAUAGGAUCUCGUAACCUGUUGAAGUCCAUAGCCAAGCAGCGGGAGGCACAGCAACAACAGCUGCAGGCCUUGAUAGCAGAGCGCAAGAUGCAGCUGGAGCGGUUACGAAUACAGUAUGAAAAUCUUCAAAAAGAAGAGAGCGAACAAAAUGAAUUUAUAGAACAGUUUAUUCUACAGAAAUAAUUUGUGUCAAUUGUUGUUCAUGUAUGUGUUGUAAUUUUGUGUAUCUUUAUUUAUAAAUCCGUCCAGACAUUUUGCUCUUAAAAUGUGACGCUACUCAAAAUACACGUCUUGGUCCAAAAGGCCUGAUAUCAAGAUACAUUUGUUUGCUUUGAGGCCUUGAAGUAAUAUAUAAAUCAUUCAAUCAUUAUAAGGGCAUACAGUUGAUUACUGUGCAAUGUGUGUUGAACCUAUGCUGUUGAACUGAAGCAUGGAACUGGUCAUUUGUCAAAGAACUAAAUUGACAUCUUUUUUGUUUAUCUGAUAGAAGAUGCCAUGUUGCUUAAUAUUUUGUGGUAGCUUCAUGAUGUAGAUUUUGUCAUCCACAAUGCUAAUAAAAUAUCCAGGUAAUUGAAA